AUGUUCAGAAAGAUCCACUCCGUCUUCCACUCCGGCCCACAGCGGAAGGCGGCGGCCGAGAGCCCCUUCUACGACGGAGCUAGCCCCGCGGUGCGGCUGAUUCGAAGUAGCUCCAUGUACGUGGUUGGGGACCACGGGGAGAAAUUCAGCGAGUCCCUCAAGAAACACCAGGGCGCCGGCAGCAUGGACGGCAGCCUGCCCCCGCUGCGGCGCGACGAGGACCGCGCGUGGGUGUGCGCGCGCGCCCAGGACUGCCUGCUGUACCUGCAGGAGCUGCUGGCCCUGCGCCGCAAGUACCUCAGCGGCCUGGGGGAGCUGCGGCCCCCGCGCACCCCGGCCUCCAAGUCCUCCAAGUGGGGAGGGAAGGCCGCGGGCCAGCCCACGCCCAAAGAAGGAAAGAAACCCACCUUGAAGAAAUAUGCACAGUUUAGUGCUGACGUAGCUGAGGCCAUGGCCUUCUUUGACUCCAUCAUCGCGGAGCUGGAUACAGAGCGAUGGCCGCGGACUGCUGAGGCUGACUCUCUGAAUGAAGAUGUGGACUUUGAUGUGGCCACCAGCUCCCGGGAGCACAGCUUGCAUUCCAACUGGAUCCUGCGGGUGCCACGCAGACACUCGGAGGACAUUGCCGUGCACGCCACACCCACCACAGAUGGCCAGCCGCGGAGGGGCGCCGAGCGCAGGACCAUCAGCACCCAGAGGAGGCUUGAGAGGCACCCCAUUUACUUACCCAAAGCUGUGGAAGGGGCGUUCAACACCUUGAAAUUUAAGCCCAAAGCCUGCAAAAAGAACUUGGGGAGCUCUAGACAAAUCUUCUUCAACUUCUCAGAAGACAUGGAAUGGGAUGCAGAGCUCUUUGCCCUGGAGCCCCUGAGAUCUCCUGGGGGGGACCACUACGAGACAGAGAACCCCAGAGGGCAGUGGCUGCUUCGAGAAAGACUCUGGGAGCGGACAGUGCCCUGA